AUGCCUUUCAAGUUGAAGUUGAAGAAGACGCGACAAUAUAACGUUGCAUCUAAAAGUUUGUUUGUAAUAAGUGUUGAGCUACUCGAUGGGGGUGUUGCAGAUUGUACCCUGUCUGUGGACAGCACAGGACAAGAGUGUCUGGACAACGUGUGCCAAAGACAGGCAAUAAAUCAGCCAGAAUUCUUUGGUUUGCGUUACGUAAACCGCAGUCAGCAGCCGCGAUGGGUUCAACUAGACAGGCCUCUCAAGCGGCAGCUAGAGAAGUACUCCUCGGCCCACCAGCUUUACUUGCGUGUCAUGUACUAUGUGAUAUCUGGUACAAGCCUUAUAACCGAUGAAGUAACAAGGUACCAUUACUUCUUACAAUUGAAAAAUGACCUAGUAGAGGGCAGGAUCAUUUGUGAUUGUCAGCAAGCAGUGGUUUUGGCAUCUUAUAGCAGACAAGCUGAAUAUGGGAAUCAUGACCGUGAAAGGCAUACUGUGGAAUAUUUAAAGAAUUUGCUCACAUUUCCUAAGCAAAUGUUAGAAAAUGGCCAGAUUAUAGACAGUAGUAGUUUAGCAGAGAUAGGUCGUCUGGAGUGGUUAACUGCUGCUGUAAUACAACAUCAUAUGUCUUUACAUAAUAUGCCACAGGCUCAGGCAGAAGAAGGGUUCAUAACAACAUGCCAGCAAUUACGGGGAUAUGGACAAGAAAUGUUUGUUGCCAAGGACCAGCGGGACCAGAGUGAAGUGACUAUCGCCAUUUCACUCACUGGAAUAAGAGUACUAACGGAUACAAGUGAUACACCACACUUUUAUAGGUGGAUGGACAUCACCAAUGUGAUAAACCACAAACGCACAUUUAGUAUAGAGUGCCAGAAGCAAGGCGAGUCCGCCGCAUUCGCCUUACCAUCACCGGAGGAUGGAAAGUACGUGUGGCGUAUGUGCGUACACCAACAUACGUUCUACAUGCGACACCAAGCUGCCCUCAGUGCUCCCAGAGACGAGCACCGGCCCAAGUUUCAGGAGCAUGGUCUGUCGGAGAGUCGUGAAGAGUUGGAUGUGCGAGAGGUGGGCAGUACGUCCCACCUUGAGCCGUUGAGCGCCGCACAUCGGGCUCACUCUACGUCGUGUCUUGAGCUCGCUGAGAAUCGUCCGCAGCCAAGGAACAGGGCUUUGUUACCAUCUUACCGUCCCGCACCGGACUAUGAGACCGCGGUACAACAAAAGUAUCAACAACAACGAGCCGAGGCUCAGCUCCGAUACCAGAACCACCACACCCACUCCCAACUCCUCAGCACCAGUGCUCAGCCUUUGGUUUAUGGUUCCCAUCCCGACAUACAUCGAGUCCACUACCCUGACGUGACACGACACACGGGACCCGUCAAUCCGCCACCCGCGGAAGAUUAUGCUUACGGCAUAAAAUAUCUCGCCAAUUAUCCCAUCGCCCUCAAUCCUAACGUACAAGCAGACCACGCUCUGCACUAUGUCAAUGUCUACAAACCACCACCUCCUUACCCUUCUAACGGCUUAGCGUCAAACUCUACCCCUGACCUAGCCGUCGCCAGCCAAGCCCUGAACUACCACCGGGGAUACAUCAACUCCCACGUGUCUGGCUCUAGUCCCGAUCUAGUCUCUACGAGAACAGCCCUCAAUAGGCAGUAUCUCGGAUACGUCAAUCCCGGGCACGUCCUCGGCUAUGGCCGCCCGAACAUACUUCCAGCCACACACGGGACCUACAACAACCUUCCUUCGGUUUUAGACCCCAAUCCUCACAUCAUAAUGGACCCACACCACAUCUCCGAUAACAUACAGAAGGUAUACGACGAGAGAGGCAACAUAAUGUACUCCAUGCCUAUGAGACGGAUAUCCUAUCAGACGCAUCUAGUCUUACCGCACAAACACAGCGAAACACAAGAACCGAUAUAUGAAAACGUGCCUCUGCCGUGGCAGAGCGAACAAAAGAUCCGCGAACGAGCACAAAGCUUAACCACGACAGAUGAAAUCAGCCGUUUAAACGAGAAAAACAGCAGUCACCCUGCGAUAAAUAACUACAACAACGUCAACUUAACACCCAAAAUUGACGACAGCCAUUAUGUUAACGCACAUAUCAUUAAAGGUGUGCGAGAAUCGAGUGUGCCCAAAGAUCUGAAUGUCUCGAGUCCAUCGAUUAACAAAGACAUCGAUAACGCUAUAAAUAUUGAUAAGUUGUCGAUAAAAACAGAUGAAAAGGAUUAUGACGAGACACCUUAUCAGAGUCUGUCGACGCAUAAAAUAUCGAAUAACAACACGAUUAGCAAAUCGGUGGAUAACAUUACAUCGAUAAGUAUCCCUGAUAUCAGAGUUGAUACAUCGCAAACGGACAGUGCUCUAUCGAGUUCGGUGAUGAACUCGACUUACAGCACUAGUGUCGAGCUGGACGGCAGUAAGAAUAGUAAUAAAGAAAAGAAGAGACGAAGGUGGGGAAUGUUUAUGGGGCGAGGGAAUAAAGCAGAAGUAAAGAGCGCUACGCUGGGUCGGGAUAGGGCUAAAACGGGCCAGCAAGCAAACAAACAUCGCUGGUCCACUGGCCUACCGAAAACUCAACCGUUGCCACCGGGUAUUACCAAAGAAACAUUGUGCCAAUUGCUAGAACGUAAAAUGUGUGAUGAUCAGUUAUCGUUCGCGUUCGAACAAAUACCUAAAGGCCGCGAGGUGCAGGGAGAAUAUAAGACGGCGUUGUUAGCGCAAUACGCGUCUUAUAAUAACGGGGACUCCUUGCCCUACGAAGAUAACAGAGUGCGACUACAUCCCACAGCUGAAAACCCACACGGGUAUAUCAACGCUUCCCACGUUACUAUGACAGUUGGUAACUCCCAGCGAUUCUACGUUGUAGCUCAAUCCGGAGGCUCGGAACAGGCUGCACUCGUAUGGGAGUGUGUGUGGCAAGUUGGGGCUCGUCUCCUUGCCAAUGUCGAUGUGGACUCACCGCAAUACCUACCGCCUGAACAUCACUCCAAGGAUUAUGGACAGUUCCAAGUAUCGUGUGGCAAAUGGUCCCGUGCCGAAUGGGGCGGUUCAGUUCGUGUGCGCGUACGUCGCGGCGCACGAGCUCGUCACUUGUGGCACGUGCAGUACUCGCGCUGGCCGCAGCACGCUCCUAAUACUGAUGUCGCCGGCUUUAUUCAAUUCCUCUCCGAGCUGAAUGGCCUACGGUUAGCGUGCGAAGCGGAAUCGAGUGCGGAUGCAGCUGUGACGUCACGCAACGCGCCUCUCGUGGUGACGUGCGCACGCGCCGCUGGACGCAGCGGAGUGGCGCUUGCGUCAGACUUAUUGCUACACGUGCUAGACACAAAUCAGGAAUUAGACAUAUCGAGAACGAUAAGCGUGUUGCACCAACAGCGUGCCAACCUCAUAGAGAACGUUCACCAAUACAGAUUCCUGCAUCAAGUACUCUUAAUGUAUCUCAAACAGUCUCGCCUCAUAUAA